AUGGGUGAUCAUAGCAGAACAAUGAAGAAGCUUGCAGCUCCUGAUGAGGCUUUCAAGUAUUCAUGCAUCACUUAUCCAACUCUAGCUGGUGAUUUUGAGCUGAGAUCUGGACUGAUUCAUUUGCUUCCAAAAUAUCAAGGAUUAUCUGGAGAAGACCCAAACAGACAUUUGCAUGAAUUCCAUGUGGUUUGUUCAACCAUGAAGCCACAAGGAAUUUCAGAAGAGGAUAUUAAGCUAAGGGCUUUUCCAUUUUCACUUACAGGAGCAGCGAAAGAUUGGUUGUAUUAUUUGCCACCAGGAUUCAUCACUUCUUGGAUUGAUAUGAAAAAGGCUUUCUUGGAGAAAUUCUUUCCAGCCUCAAGGACUGCAACUAUUAGGAAAAGCAUCUGUGGGAUUCAACAAGUGGUGGGAGAGACACUUUAUGAUUAUUGGGAGAGAUUCAAGAAACUAUGUGCAAGUUGUCCUCAACACCAAAUCAGUGAGCAGUUAUUAGUCCAAUACUUCUAUGAGGGUUUAUUACCUAUGGACAGAAGUAUGAUAGAUGCAGCAGCUGGAGGAGCUUUAGUGAACAAAACUCCAGAGCAAGCACGAGAGCUUAUUUCGAACAUGGCUGAAAAUUCACAGCAAUUUGGAAGUAGAGCACUCACUACUAGAGGAGUUGGUGAAGUUCAAAUGGUUUCAAAUGAACAAAAGGAGAUAAAGAAUUCAUUGAUUGAAUUAACUUCAUUGGUGAAGCAAUUAACCUUGAACAAUGCUACUCAGUCUUCUGUUGUUCCUAAUAUGCAAUUUCCAUUCAAACAAAGUUUAGUUUGUAGCAUUUGUUCGAGUCAAGAUCAUCUUUCAGAACUUUGUCCGAAUCUCCAUCAAGAUGAGUCUUUAGCAGCUUUCUCUAGAGCUCAAUUCCAACAAAAAAAUGAUCCUCACUCUUCCACAUACAAUCCAGGGUGGAGAGAUCAUCCAAAUUUGAAGUAUGGAAAUUCAUUCUAUCAACAACCAUUUUCAAAUCAGCAUUUUAGCCAUACUUCCGGUAAUUUCCAGCAACCUCAGCAAGGGUUCCAGCAGCAGAAUCAAAAUUUCCAGCACCAUUAUCAUCCUGCAAAUCAAUUCCAGCAAUCAUUUCAGCCUUCUCAACAGUUUCAAAAUCAAAAUCAGCAUUAUCAAUUUCAAAAUCAGAAUUUCCAGCAAGGGUAG